CACGUGACGUACAGUGCUGUUUCAGCAGUCGGCAAGGCUCCCAACGAGGUGCCAUGGUCCCUCUCUCCCCGCAUCCCAUUUCUCCCGAUGGAGGAGCUUCCCGAACUCUCCAAGGAGGAGAAGCAGAGGCUACGCAAGGAGAGGAAGCAGCAGCAGAAGAAGAAAAAGAAUAAGGAGGAAGUGCACGGGGACACAGGCGACGGCAACAGUGGGGGAGGUUCAGAACCGGCACCAGCGGCGCCGCCCAUCCCGGCCGCGGCUACAGUGAGUGGCGAUGGGAGGGACUGUGGGGUCAGGGUGACUGCCCCCCCCACCCCCUCCCCUCCCUCCACCUCCACGGCGGCCCUUACGAACGAGAGGGGAGCUCCGGGAGAAGCGAGUGGGCCCAGCAAGAGCAAGGCGGAGUUACGUGCAGAGCGGCGCGCGCGCCAAGAGGCCGAGCGGCUCGGCAAGACUGCCAAGCGCGGGGGGGACAGCGGUGCCCUCGCCCCUUGCGCCUCUGCCAAAUCUCGGGGAGCCGGCCCAACCAUCGACCCGAAACCCAAGCCCCCUGGGCUGGACGGGGGCCCCGUGGUGAAGCGCGUCUCGGAGCACAUGCAGGCCGAUGACCCGGCCGCUCAGAAGAAACUCGCCAAGAAACUCGAGCGGCAGCAGGUGCCACAGCGAACGGACUCGACACGCAAGGUCACUCUCUUCUCCCACCUCCACCAGUACAGCCGGCAGAUGUCCCUCACUCACUCCCUCAGCCUGUCAUCGUGUGUGAUCCACCCGUCCGUGCUGCGGCUGGGCCUGCAGUACUCCCAGGGCGUCAUCACGGGCUCCAACGCGCGUGCCGUUGCGCUGCUGCACGCGUUCAAGCAGGUGAUCCGUGACUACUCCACGCCCCUCAACGAGGAUCUGUGCCGCGACCUGGUCAACAAACUUAAGCCCGACAUCAGCUUCCUGAAUCAGUGCCGGCCCCUGGCUGUGAGCAUGGGCAAUGCCAUCAAGCAUCUCAAGAGCUGCAUCAGCAGCAUCCCUGCCGGCACUCCCGAGAGACAGGCCAAGGAGUUGCUGUGCGAUUGGAUCGACAGCUUCGUACAGAAUAAGAUUGAGCUGGCGGCCAAGGCCAUCGCAGACUUCGCAAUUCAGAAAAUCAAGGACGGCGACACGAUCCUGGUAUACGGAUGCUCGUCGCUGGUGAACAGGGUGCUCGUAGAGGCACGAAUGCGGGGCCGCACGUUCCGUGUAGUGCUGGUGGACAGCCGUCCCCGCAUGGAAGCACGUGAGGCGAUGCGGCGCCUGGUCCGCCACGGCGUGCCCUGCACCUACGUCCUCGUCACGGCACUCGCCUACGCUAUGCAGGAGGUGUCCAAGGUGUUCCUGGGUGCCCACGCUCUCCUGGCCAACGGCUACGUGAUGUCGCGCCUAGGCAGCUCGCAGGUGACGCUGGUGGCCAAGGCCUACAACGUCCCCGUGCUCAUCUGCUGCGAGACAUACAAGUUCUGCGAGCGCGUGCAGACCGACUCCUUCGUGUCUAAUGAGCUCGACGACCCGGACAACCUGGUGUGCUCACGCGGGGACGAGACUCCCCUGAGCGGCUGGCGAGACGUGCCCAGCCUCAAGCUGCUGAACCUGGUGUAUGACGUGACGCCACCCGACUUCGUGGCCAUGGUCAUCACGGAUGUGGGCAUGAUCCCCUGCACGUCGGUGCCAGUCGUGCUGCGUGUCAAGAGCGACGACUGAGGGCAGUGGCGGAGUGUCUAUCCCGCUCCUGUCACAAUGCGAUCUUUGCUGGGCCUGUGCAUCUCUGCAUAGGGAGUUCGCGUAGUGGCUUUGGUGAAUGGGUGACAACCUUGCUCUGCUUGGUAAAUGAUUCCACCACAGCGCACAUGCACCCAAUUACCUGAGAUAUUUGUGUGCGCAUAAUGAAGGGUGAGAAUAAACGUGAACUUUUAGGUGCUCGCGAACAGCACAUGGAAGUUACACUGG